AUGACUAGAACUAAUAAGUGGACAAUUCACGAAGACAAAGCAGACUCACACUAUUUCACCCACAAUGGCCACUUUGGAGCAGCACCUAAUGGUGUCAAGAAGCACGGGUCCGGCAAGGGCAACUGGGGAAAGCCCGGUGACGAAAUUCAAGAUCUCAUUGAAACGGGCGAAAUUCCACCAGUUUUCCAUAAACAAAGACGUGGAUCUAACGUCCAGGACCAUGAACGCAAGCUAGGCGAGGUUCAACAAUUUCAUGAAUGA